GACAAUAAUACUAAACGUACCGCACAAGAAAAAAGGAAACCAUCGUUAGAUAGCUAGUUGCCUUGGGGAUUUUUAAUUUUGAUUAAAGCAUGGAGAUAUGCGGCUGACCAAAGAAAAUAACCAUGUUCUUUGCCAGACUGAGCAGCCAGUUCCCCCUGGCCGCCCUGAGGCGGACCUCUCGGAGUGGGACAUGUCCCCCACCCUGUCUGUCCACCUUGUCAACCUGCGUCCUCCGAAGUCAAACAGCGAGGAGUAAAGACGGUGUCCGUUCAGAGUCCACGGCGUGGAGACGAGCUUUGUGCAGCCAGAGUCGGUUUACGUUCAGGCCCAGAGAGACACAGCGCAGUGGGAGCAGGUCGUUCAGUCUCUCCGGGGCUCCUGCUCAUGUUCAGCCUUACCUGAGACUCAUGAGGCUGGACAAACCCAUCGGAACAUGGCUGCUGUACCUUCCCUGUACAUGGAGCAUCGCCUUGGCAGCAGAGCCUGGAUGCCUGCCAGAUCUUGGGAUGCUCACCCUGUUUGGGACAGGCGCCCUGUUGAUGAGAGGUGCAGGCUGCACCAUCAACGAUAUGUGGGACAAAGACUUUGACAAACAAGUAGCCAGGACAGCCUGUCGGCCCAUCGCGUCGGGGGAGAUUACACGGAUGCAGGCGCUUGUUUUCCUCGGAGGGCAGCUGACCCUCGCACUCGGAGUUCUCUUGUGUCUCAACUAUUACAGCAUAGCUCUGGGUGCCUCUUCGUUAUGUCUCGUCAUCACCUACCCACUAAUGAAGAGGAUCACUUACUGGCCGCAGCUCGUGUUGGGGCUCACUUUUAACUGGGGCGCUCUCCUCGGCUGGGCUGCCGUCAAGGGCUCUUGCGAUUGGUCCGUGUGCCUCCCCCUGUAUUUCUCUGGCGUAAUGUGGACGUUGAUAUACGACACAAUCUACGCUCAUCAGGAUAAAGAGGAUGAUGUUAAGGUGGGGGUAAAAUCCACAGCACUGAUGUUCCAGGACCAAACCAAACUUUGGCUGAGCGGUUUCACGGCGGCCAUGUUGUCCGGCCUGGUCGUAGCCGGGGUCAACGCUGAACAGACCCUUCCUUACUACGCCGCGCUGAGCGCUGUGGCCGUUCACCUCGCACGCCAGAUUUACACAGUGGACAUCAACAAAGCAGAAGAUUGCUGGAAGCAGUUUAGCUCAAACAGAAACCUUGGACUCUUGUUGUUUUUAGGAAUCGUUGCCGGUAACUUGUUGAAAGAAUCCAAGGAGACAAGACUGUAAAUUAUGGAAGGCACCCAGAUAAAUGAGACUGUCUGCACUUAUUUAUAUUGUAAAUACUGAAUGUAUUUAAGCAACUAUUUUAUGAUCAAAAAUGCUGUAAUUUUUAUACUGCCCCCAUCAAUGAUGCUAAUUGAUUAAUCACUUGGACUAAGCCAUUUGAUUUUGGGUCAAAAUAAAUAAAAUGUGCACUUAAGACAUCUAUUUCAUUCUUUUUAUUUGACCAAGGACAAUGUACAGAAAAACAUUCAUCUCUAACAGAGUAAAGAUGAGCUGCACCAGA